AAGAAAAGAGCAGCUUGGCAAAUAAUGGAGGGUUAACGUGUAAGAUUGAGACAAGGAUUGGCUUGGGAAAGAUAAAAAAGAAAAAGGAAACGUUUUCAAUGUCUUGGCCUCACUUACCAUUGGAGGAAGAUGACAGUAUGAUUCUCCUUGUAUUUUAGCAAACUUUAAUAUAUUACCUUACUUUAAUGCAUUCUUUUUCAUCUUUAUUGUCCAGCUUUGUCCAUCACUACGGUUUCACUAUAUUGGUUCUUUCACUCUGCAGUACUGGAUCACUUCUUGCCACAAACCCCAUUUCCAUAAAACUUUUUCGUCCAUAUCUGAGUUGGUUUGCACACCUUUGUCAGAUAAAGAAAUUGAAAAGAGCAAGCUUGCAGACUUAUAAAGUGAAAAUGAUCACCAUGGCGCGUAUCAUUCAGUAUAUACAAACUAUGUCCUUUGUCAACACCGUCGCUGUUGUUGGCCUCUCUUUCUUGUUCUUCUUGGUUUCCCUUAAAAGAUUUGUGCUAUCGAGUCGCAAGAUGGGAUCUACCAGCCUUCCGAGCGUCCCAGACGUACCCGGGCUACCGAUUGUAGGAAAUUUGCUGCAGCUGAAAGAGAAGAAACCUCACAAGACAUUCACAAAAUGGGCAGAGAUAUAUGGGCCAAUCUUUUCUAUCAGAACCGGGGCUUCUUCUGUUAUUGUUAUCAAUUCUCCAGAGACAGCCAAAGAGGUUAGCGUUUAG